CUCGCGGGGUGGGCGGGGCUUGGAGGUGUUUACAUAUUCAUAAAACAUCUAGACUGGAAGACCCGGUAGCCUAGAGAGGCCAAGUCGCUUCUACCGCACUUCCGUUUCCGCUCAGGCAUUGGCGGUUGGUGAGCAUCAUGGCAACCGUUACUGCCACCACCAAAGUCCCUGAGAUCCGGGAUGUGACAAGGAUAGAGCGAAUCGGUGCUCACUCUCACAUCCGUGGCCUGGGGCUGGAUGAUGCCUUGGAGCCUCGACAGGCUUCCCAGGGCAUGGUGGGCCAGCUGGCUGCCAGGCGGGCAGCUGGCGUGGUGCUGGAGAUGAUCCGAGAAGGGAAGAUUGCGGGACGGGCCGUCCUCAUCGCUGGCCAGCCGGGUACUGGGAAGACAGCCAUUGCCAUGGGCAUGGCCCAGGCACUGGGCCCUGACACGCCAUUCACGGCCAUCGCAGGCAGUGAGAUCUUCUCCCUGGAGAUGAGCAAGACAGAGGCACUGACGCAGGCUUUCCGCCGCUCCAUUGGUGUGCGCAUAAAGGAGGAGACAGAGAUCAUCGAGGGUGAAGUGGUAGAAAUCCAGAUUGAUCGUCCAGCCACGGGCACGGGCUCCAAAGUGGGCAAGCUGACCCUCAAGACUACAGAGAUGGAGACCAUCUAUGACUUGGGCACCAAGAUGAUUGAGUCUCUGACCAAGGACAAGGUCCAGGCUGGGGAUGUGAUCACCAUUGACAAGGCCACAGGCAAGAUCUCCAAGCUGGGCCGCUCUUUCACUCGUGCCCGUGACUAUGACGCCAUGGGCUCCCAGACCAAGUUUGUGCAGUGCCCAGACGGAGAGCUGCAGAAGCGCAAGGAGGUGGUGCACACCGUGUCCCUGCACGAGAUCGACGUCAUCAACUCACGCACCCAGGGCUUCCUGGCCCUCUUUUCAGGUGACACAGGGGAGAUCAAAUCAGAAGUCCGAGAACAGAUCAACGCCAAGGUGGCUGAGUGGCGGGAGGAGGGAAAGGCAGAAAUCAUCCCAGGGGUGCUGUUCAUUGAUGAGGUCCACAUGCUGGACAUAGAGAGCUUCUCCUUCCUCAACCGGGCCCUGGAGAGUGACAUGGCGCCUGUCCUCAUCAUGGCCACCAACCGAGGUAUCACCCGGAUCCGAGGCACCAGCUACCAGAGCCCCCAUGGAAUCCCCAUAGACCUACUGGACCGGCUGCUCAUCGUGUCCACCUCCCCUUACAGCGAGAAAGACACAAAGCAAAUACUCCGCAUCCGGUGUGAGGAGGAGGAUGUGGAGAUGAGUGAGGAUGCCUAUACCGUGCUGACCCGCAUCGGCUUGGAGACCUCCCUCCGCUACGCCAUUCAGCUCAUCACUGCUGCCAGCCUGGUGUGCCGGAAGCGCAAGGGCACAGAGGUGCAGGUGGAUGACAUCAAGCGGGUCUACUCACUCUUCCUGGAUGAGUCUCGCUCCACACAAUAUAUGAAGGAAUACCAGGAUGCUUUCCUCUUUAAUGAACUCAAAGGCGAGACGAUGGACACCUCUUGAGCUGAUGCACUGCCCUGCCGGACCCUGCCCUGCUUUUUCUAUAAGUUCUGACACUGUGACUUUGUAUAAAAUGGUUUGAAACUGGA